AAUGAAAAUGAGAUUAAUUCUUCUCUUCCUCGUGAGUUUUGUUCCAAUCUCCUUUGCCAAAAUUCCACCAAGAUUCCCUUCUUCUUUUGAUGAUCACUUAUCUAAAGGUCUUAGUAAUUAUGAGACAAAUUACUACACGCAAAUUCUUGACCACUUCAAUUAUAAUAAUGCACAAACUUUUCAACAAAGAUAUUUGUUGAAUGACAAAUAUUGGGGUGGUUCUAAGAAUAAUGAUCCUAUCUUUGUCUACACUGGCAAUGAAGGAAACAUUGAAUGGUUUACUCAAAACACUGGAUUCAUGUUUGAAAUUGCUCCCCAUUUUAAUGCCCUCCUAGUCUUCAUUGAGCAUAGGUUUUAUGGAAAGUCAAUACCAUAUGGAGAAGACAAGUCAAUAGCAUAUUCAAACAAGAGCACAUUAGGUUAUUUGAGUUCAACACAAGCAUUAGCAGAUUAUGCAACUCUUAUUAUUGAUCUGAAGAACAACUUGACUGCCAUUGACUCCCCUGUUGUUGUUUUUGGGGGUUCCUAUGGUGGAAUGUUGGCAGCAUGGUUUAGGCUAAAAUACCCACAUGUGACCAUUGGGGCCUUGGCAUCUUCUGCACCAAUACUCAAUUUUGGCAAUAUCACUUCUCCGUACUCUUUUAAUAAUAUCAUUACACAAGAUUUUAAGGGUGAAAGUGAGAAUUGUUACAAGGUGAUUAAAGGAUCAUGGAAACAAAUUGAAGAUAUGUCUAAAACAAAAGGUGGAUUGGAGAAACUCAGAAAGUCAUUCAGAAUAUGCAAGAAUUAUAUUAGCCAAGGUUCUCUUGAAAAUUGGCUCUCAACAGCCUUCAUCUACACAGCCAUGACUGAUUAUCCAACUCCUUCCAAUUUCCUUAAUCCAUUGCCAGCCUAUCCAGUAAAGCAGAUGUGCAAGGCAAUUGAUGAUCCAAAGAUUGGAAAGGAUACAUUUGGGAAAGUUUAUGGUGCUGCCAACAUAUAUUAUAACUACACUGGAAAUGCCACUUGUUUCGAUCUCAACAAUAAUUCCGAUCCUCACGGUCUUGCUAGAUGGACUUGGCAGGCAUGCACGGAGAUGGUAAUGCCUACAGGCGGGAACAACAAGGAGAGUAUAUUUCCGCGCUCCGAGUGGGAUUAUAAUGAAAGGGCCCAAAUUUGCAAAUUAGCUUUCGGCGUUGAGCCCAGACCAAAUUGGGUAACUACAGAAUUUGGUGGCUAUAAUAUUGAAAGGGUAUUAAAGAGGUUUGGAAGCAACAUCAUCUUCUUUAAUGGGCUAAGAGACCCAUGGAGUGGUGCAGGAGUGCUUAAGGAUAUAUCUAAAAGCAUAGUUGCUAUCGUCGCAAAAGAAGGUGCACAUCACGUGGACCUUAGAUGGUCAAGCAAAGAAGAUCCAGAAUGGCUCCAACAAGUGAGGGAAAGAGAGAUCAGUAUCAUAUCCAAUUGGCUCUCUCAAUAUUAUCAAUCUUUAAAUGAAAUAUACUAAUGAAGUGAUUCUACUUAUAACAUGAUUCUCAAAUGUUCAAUAAAUAUAUAUACAUUGUUGUGCUUU